AGCGUCAGCAGUCUGCAGUAGGGAAAUGUGAGCCGUUCGGUGGCUGCAGCUGGAGGCGGACGGUGGAGCAGGUGAGUCUGCCCGUCGGACACUGGCAGGAAAUGCAAAUGAGGCCUGUUAGAGACGCGCUUCACAUUCUCUCUCGCACUCAACCUCUGAGGCCAUUUGCAUCCAAGGAGCCGAAACAAAAACAUUUCCUCAUGAGCUCAGCUGCAACGCUCGACCCCGAAUCAUGACAAUGAGUUUUUUCGGAAAACUGAAGAGCCUACACAACGGACCCCCCCCUCCCCCCAGAAGGACAGAUAAUACAAACUUCAGCUGGCCACAAGAAGAGUUUGAGGAGGAUGAGGAGAGCGACAUGUACGAAGCGCCUCCCUGCGAACGCCGGGUUGACAAAGUCCCACCGAGACAAGUGGAGGAGGACGUUUAUCUGGAGAGGACGUCGGGCCCGUCCGUUCCUCAGAGACAGGCGGCUCCGCCUCCGCGGCUGGCGAAAGCCUCGAAACCUCCACCACGUGGCGACGAGUCCCAUGAACCAAACACCAAGAAGCCACCAGAGAUAAACCGAACCGAGAAGCCUGGGAAGAAGAUGGCGAUGCCUCCUCCUCCGGCCCGGUCGGAGCCCGGCCCGCCUCCUCCAGACAGCUCAGAGGAAGACGUGUAUCUGGAUCCAAACCAAGAACCGGAGGACAGCGACGACGUGUAUUUGGAGCCGACAGCAGCCUGCUCUCCUCCCCCACGCGCGCCAGUGAGGAUGCCUCCCUCUCCCAAGACGCCGUUCGUGCCGUCUCCCGUGCCCAUGAUGAAACCUCCCGUCCCGAGAGCUAAGUCUAAUUUAGUCCUGCCCAUGAACGAGGUGAUAAAAGAGGUCGGGAGACGCAGCACAUUUCCCAGUCUCCCUCUACCAGGCCCCAACAUCAAGCCCCUGAAGGAAGCUAAGUACAGCGCCUCAAAUCCUCCUGUGGCAGACACCAAGCCUGCGGGCCCUUCCACUGGUCUGAGGUCAACCAAACAGUCUGGCAACGAGGACAAAGAGUGGUUUGCCGGCGACUGCAACAGGAAGACGGCCGAGGACCUCCUGACGAGGGUCAACAAGGACGGCGCUUUCCUGGUGCGACGCAGCUCGGCGCAGACGGGCCGCCAGCCGUUCACGCUGGCCGUGCUGUACCAGCAGAAGGUCUACAACAUCCCCGUGCGCUUCCUGGAGGAGGCGCAGGUCUACGCGCUGGGGAAGGAGGGCAAGAAGAACGAGGAGAUUUUCCCCAGUCUGGAUGAGAUGAUUCUCUACCACAGCAACAACCAGCUGCUCCUGAUCGACAGCAAGAGUCAGGCCAAGCACUCGGCGUAUUUAACCCACGCCGUGCGCCCCUGAGCUGGAGCGCGCUCGCAGCACGCGUGCGGCGUCGGGAGCCGCCGGCGCCUUCUGGUCGUCCGCCCGCUGCUUUGUGCCACGUCACCGUGCGGGCGACGCACAAUGAGCCGCUCGAGUGCAAGUGGAAACUGUGUCACCGUCGCGUCUGGAGGUUUCCUCUUUUGGAGAAGAGACACAGUCCUGAUCAGAUCACUACUCACUGGCCUUGCAUCAUUUCUGCUGUGUCCUUGUGCUUUACAUACUAACCAUUCAGAUAAAUGUCUGCGAAUCAUGACUUUAGAGACUGGGCGUGUGCUGUGUCUGUUUUCUCCGUUUAGAAUAUGUUUAUUCUAGUUGUGCUAUUGUGGAGUGUAGAUUCAGUCCAAAUAAUCUGCUUCAUAUUGUUAUUAAUGCAUGUAACUAUUAAACCUCCUACUGACCAGUAA